UAUAACUUCGCUUCGUUUGAGUUCAUAACGUUCUUCGGUUCAGACCACAAGGGAAGGAAGAGUGAGCUUAAUGAAUUCACUGCUACUACCCUCCACGCCUCUCUCAACCACCUCACCACCGCCACCACCUUCUAAACUUACCGUCCACACUCUCUCCUCCAGAACCUACAUUCCCACCCAUAUAUACACCCACCCAUCAGCUCUCCUCCUCGAACUCUGCACUUCCCUCAAAGAACUCCACCAAUUCCUCCCUCCCAUCAUCAAGAACGGACUCUACAAUGAGCACCUUUUCCAGACCAAGCUUGUCAGCUUGUUCUGCAAAUUCGGUAGCCUAAACGAAGCCGCCCGGGUUUUUGAACCAAUUGAGGACAAAGUUGACGCUCUUUAUCACACAAUGCUUAAAGGGUAUGCUCAGAACUGUCUGUUGAAUGAUGCUUUGUCCUUCUUUUGUCGGUUGAAGUGUGAUUAUGUGAGGCCUGUGGUUUAUAAUUUUACGUAUUUGUUGAAAGUUUGUGGUGACAAUGGAGACCUUAGGAGGGGUAAGGAAAUUCAUGGCCAGUUGAUUGUGAGUGGAUUUUCGUCAAAUGUGUUUGCUAUGGCCAGUGUUAUGAAUUUGUAUGCCAAAUGUAGGCUGGUUGAUGAAGCGUGCAAGAUGUUUGAUAGAAUGCCCGAAAGGGAUUUAGUUUGUUGGAAUACUGUAAUUGCCGGCUAUGCACAAAAUGGGUUGGCCAAGAGAGCGUUGGAAUUGGUUGUGCGAAUGCAAGAGGAGGGUCAUAGGCCUGAAAUGGUUACCCUUGUCUCCAUUUUGCCUGCGUGUGCUAAUAUUGGAAAUUUAAGGAUUGGAAAAUCUAUUCAUGGAUAUGUUAUACGAGCUGAAUUUGAAUCCUUUGUCAACAUUGCAACUGCCUUGGUUGAUAUGUAUUCAAAAUGUGGAUCAGUGGUUACUGCUCGACUGAUUUUUGAGGGGAUGAGUGAGAGGAAUGUAGUCUCCUGGAAUUCAAUGAUUGAUGGAUAUGCUCAAAGUGGAGAUUCUGAGGAAGCAUUGAUACUUUUCCAGAACAUGUUGGAUGAAGGAUUAACACCAACCAAUGUUUCUGUAAUGGGAGUUCUGCAUGCCUGCGCUGAUUUGGGUGAUAUUUCACAAGGACAAUUUAUUCACAACUUAAUUGAUCAAUUAGGACUUGGUUCGGAUGUUUCAGUAAUAAACUCUAUGAUUUCCAUGUAUAGUAAGUGUAGAAGAGUUGAUAUUGCUGCUAAAUUAUUUGAAAACUUACAAGGUAAAACCAUCGUCUCGUGGAAUGCUAUGAUUUUAGGGUAUGCACAAAAUGGGCAUGUAGCUGAGGCCCUAAAUCAUUUUUGCAAAAUGCAACUGCAAAGUAUCAGACCUGAUUCAUUUACAUUGGUGAGCGUAAUUCCUGCUGUUGCCGAGUUGUCAGUAUUACGUCAAGCGAAGUGGAUUCAUGGUCUUGUUACAAGAAAUUGUUUUGACAAGAAUGUUUUUGUGAUGACUGCUCUUGUGGACAUGUAUGCAAAAUGUGGAGCUGUUCACACUGCAAGAAAGCUAUUUGACAUAAUGGAUGUGAGGCAUGUGACAACGUGGAAUGCUAUGAUAGAUGGAUAUGGAACACAUGGGCUCGGACAAGAUGCAGUAGCAUUGUUUAGUGAAAUGCAGAAGAGGGUAAUAAAACCAAACGAUAUAACAUUUCUAUGUAUUAUAUCAGCCUGCAGCCACUCAGGCUUUGUAGAAGAGGGGCGCCGUUAUUUCAACAUCAUGAAGGAAGAUUAUGGCUUAGAGCCUUCGAUGGAUCACUAUGGAGCCAUGGUUGACCUACUUGGUCGAGCUGGCCGCCUCAAUGAGGCUUGGCAUUUCAUUCAAAACAUGCCUAUUGAGCCGGGAAUUAAUGUUUUUGGUGCCAUGUUGGGUUCUUGCAAGAUUCACAAAAAUGUUGAUUUGGGAGAGAAGGCUGCAAACAAACUGUUUGAGUUAGACCCUGAGGAAGGUGGGUAUCAUGUAUUGCUCGCUAAUAUAUAUGCCAAGGCUUCAAUGUGGGAUAAAGUAGCAAAAGUCAGAACUACAAUGCAGAAGGAAGGGCUUCAAAAAACCCCAGGGUGCAGUUUAGUGGAUUUGAGAAAUGAGGUUCACACUUUUUAUUCUGGAAGCACAGGCCAUCCCCAAUCCACAAAUAUCUAUGCUUACCUUGAGACACUGAUUGAUGAGAUUAAAGCUGCUGGUUAUGUCCCUGAUACUAAUUCAAUUCAUGAUGUGGAAGAUGAUGUCCAGGAGCAAUUGCUCAAUAGCCAUAGUGAGAAGCUGGCUAUUGCCUUUGGACUUUUAAAUACCAGCCCUGGUACAACUAUUCACAUUAGGAAGAAUCUUCGGGUUUGUGGUGAUUGUCAUAAUGCGACAAAGUACAUUUCACUUGUCACCAAAAGGGAAAUCAUAGUGCGAGAUAUGCACCGGUUCCACCAUUUUAAGAAUGGGACCUGCUCUUGUAGAGAUUAUUGGUGAAUGACUUUGUGGAGUCAAUACUUGUAAAUCUUCGUGGGACGGGACCUUGAUGGGAAGAUGAGGAUUCUGCCAAAAAUUACAGUGAUUUUUUUGGGAUAGAAACUGGCAGGAAUCACACCAUCAUGGUGCUGACUAUCCCAACUUGCUCAAAAUUUGAUAAGAGUAACCAGAAGACAUGGAAAGCCUCCUCAAAAUACUGUGCCAAGUAACAUUGUUGAGGUACUUUCUCACCUUUGUCUAACUCUCAUACGAGAAUAAUUAUAUUAUUUGCCCUUUUUGGUCACUUUCUUCACCAGCUAUACCAAUUUUUUUUCAUAUUCUUUAUGCUGUUAAGAACAGUUAUUGUACCGAUAUUGAUGUUUCAAAAAACCAAAUUGAAGGUUAUUUAAUGUAUUGGAGCAGCUGCGAGAGUAUAUCUCUUCCAAUGUACUUUCUAGUAUAAAUUGCA